GCGCAUGGUCCGCGAGGUCUUUUCGAUCCGAGGGUUGUCUAUUUAAUUUUAUUCCCUCCCAUGCGCAGCUUUCUACCGCGCCCCCGGUUAUGUCGACAGACACUUGACUGGCGCGCUUUUCUCGUUCGCAACAUGGGCUCAACCACCACCGGCGUGCUUUACGCCCUGACUGUGGCUAGCUCUCCAGCCAGACCGGCGCCUGAAGAUGCUUUGCAGAAGAGUCAUCAUGCGAAAUCUGGCUUCAGGAAUCCCUGGGACUCGUGGCAGGAUGUCAACCUCAAAAACGUCAGGCAGAUGCUUAUGCGCCGAGUGACCGGUAAAGCAAAUGUCCCCGAUACCAGUGGUCCAACGGUUCCCGUUCGGAAGCCCGAAUUCCUUCCCAGUCGAGAUACCCCCAACCUACGGGCGACAUGGCUCGGACACGCCUGUUACUAUGUUGAAUUCCCCAGUGGUCUCCGUGCGCUCUUUGAUCCAGUCCUCGAGGAGCGCUGCGGGCCAUACAACAUCCUCGGACCGAAACGCUUCACGGACGCUCCGUGCCAAAUCAAGGACAUUCCUGUGAUUGACGCCGUUUUUAUCUCUCAUAACCACUACGACCAUCUGUCGUACCCGGGUGUUAUGCAAAUCUCAAAGAGACAUCCCAAUUGCCAUUUCUUUAUUCCACUCGGUACUAAGCCCUGGUUCACCAGCUGUGGUAUCGAUAAAGUCACCGAGCUGGAUUGGUGGGAUGAGCGCGAUAUCACUCUUUCCCCGUCGACGGACAAGGUGACUCACGUCGAGGCUGCAGGUGAAGCUGAUUCCACAUCUGCGGAAAUCAAGGCACGGAUCGGCUACUUGCCUUGCCAGCAUGUUAGUGCCCGUACCGCAUUUGACCGGUAUCAGACUUUGUGGGGCUCAUGGGCAAUUGAGUCGGGGGGCAAGAAGGUCUACUUUACUGGAGACACCGGAUACCGAAAGGUCCCUGAGCUGCCCGAGGGAGAAGACGACCACGACCCGAAGCACAACUUCCCCGUCUGCCCUGCUUUCAAGCAGAUCGGUGAGUUCCGGGGUCCAUUUGAUCUUGGCCUGAUCCCCAUUGGUGCAUAUGCCCCCCGCCAUGUGUGGAGUGCCGCCCACGCGGAUCCCCAUGAUGCAGUGGAAAUCUUCAAGGACACCAAGUGCAAGAAGGCUCUCGGUAUGCAUUGGGGAACUUGGGUUCUCACCGAGGAAGAUGUCCUUGAGCCCCCCGAGAAGCUGAAAACUGCCCUGAAGCACUUUGGUCUGCCUGAGAAGGGUGUGUUUGAUGUUCUAGACAUUGGUGAAAGCCGAGAAUUUUGA